AGUGAUAACUCGUAGUCGGUCGUUAUCAAUCACAACACAACCAUAAAACAUGAUAAAACAUACCCCAUAGGAAUAGCAAAUUUUAAUCCAUUGUUGACAUACGUCUUCCGACUCUACGACUCACGCCCGCCUUUUAUAAACGGUGUUUUGUUUGGGACUCGUGGAGAUGAGGUACCUUAUUGUAUUGUUGAAUUGUUUUCUCGUUUACCAUCGUCUAUCAUAGGUAUUCGUAUUCCUUAUUGUUACAUUAUUAAAUUCACUUGUGAUUAUUGCGAUUUAUAAUAGUGCAAUAUGAACGCGGAGAGCAACAAUGUCACAUAUAAUCUGAGGAGGAAGACACGACGGACCGACGAGUGCAAGUCCAACGAUGAUAGAGUAUGGUGAAAAACUGAAAACUUUGUGACAAUACAAGGUCCUUAUGUAUACACCAACAUCCGAAACGGAUAGGAACUUCGAGAAGAAAAAGAACGUUUACACUGUGGUGUUUCGCUGUGUGAAACUAUAGAACUCCAGUGAACUGAAUUGUCACAUCGUUUUCACCGUACUCUGGGUGCACAAAAAACAAAUUCAAUGUUUGCGGCACAGACAUAUUUAUCGGUUGAUCAGAAGACUGACUGCGGUUCAAUGUCCAUGAUGGAAGACAAACAGUACUGGUGUGAGCAAUGGGUCCUAGCUCACCGUGAAGGCAAUGUUCCUGAAGAAAAAAAAUAUGUCGCUAAAAAAUGUGUUGUUACCAAUAAUUCAGAUGACACAGAGUCAUAUAAGUCUAGCUUCGAUUUAAAUAACUUAAAAGAAUGUAAGAAGCAACAACCUAGAAAAAAGAAAUUAGAUUUAGAUCGAGUAAAAAUGAGUUACUGUUGUAGUUGGGUUGAAUGCAAUUAUGAAUCAACUGAUAUAAAAGAUUAUCUUCAACAUGUUGCUGAGCAUGUUGAUUAUUUAUGGACUGAAGAAUGGCAGGGCAAUAAAGAAAAAUGGUUUACAUGUUCAUGGAAUAAUUGUACGUUCCAAUCAAACUGCGAGGUGAAAUCUACAACUCAUGUAAAUUUCCAUGCAUAUCACACACGACUUAAAUGUGUUGGCUUGGCUGUUUUAAAUCUUUGUGAAAUACCUGGAUGUAAAUUGAAUGGUGAUGGUGCUAACAUCUUACCAGAUUUACCAAGUGAAUUUGAAUGUAAUUGGAAAAAUUGUGAUGAUCGAUUUGAAUGUAUGCAAUACUAUGCAUAUCAUGUGGCUCAGCAUUUAGAUUUUUCAAAAUUCAACAAUUCUAACUUCAUCUGCCCAUGGACAGAUUGUACUUUACAAUUUACCGCACGUUACCGAUUAGUUGACCAUAUAAAAAGCCACACUCAAGAAAAAUCAUGUGCUUGUCCUAACUGUGGUAUUAUGUUUUCCACUUACACUAAACUGAAAGAUCACUGUAGACAAUCAAAUAAAGACAAAAGCAAUCAGUGUAAAUUUUGUAAAAAAACAUUUUCAUGUGAACGACUUCUAAAACAGCAUGUUCGCCUUCAUAUAAAUUAUUUUAAAUGUCAUCAGUGUGAUGCAUCGUUUUCUAGAGCAAUACAACUAUCCACUCAUAUACGUUACCGUCAUUUAGAUAUAAAACCCUUUGGAUGUCAUUUAUGUAAAUCUAAGUUUGUGCGCAAAGUAGAUCUUACUACACACUUACGAAAACAUGCGCCAGGCCCGCUAUUCAAAUGUUCAAAGGACGGCUGUGAUUUUUCAUGUCGAAGCGAGUACACAAUGCGAAAGCAUAUAGGAGUAGAACAUUACAAUGCAGAAGAACUGUAUAAAUAUUAUUGUCAUAUGUGUGGUGAUUUGUUCCUAAGAGGUUCAUUUCUCACAAAACAUUUAAAAACUGAUCAUAACUUCCAUAAGCCAGCUGGAUUGAAACGUUUCAGGUACAUUGAAGACGACGACGGGUAUUAUAAACUUCAAACGUCAAGAUAUGAAUGUCUAGACAUACAAGAACAAAAGAAAGUUAAGUUGAUCAAUCCCAACAAAGUGAUUGUCAGAAAAAAAAGUCAAACUACGUGCAAUGAUAAGCAAGCGAUAGAAUUUGUUGUUGAUAUUUUAUCAUGUACAAGUGAUGAUGAGGACAAUGAUGAUAUUGAGUAAUUUAAGAUAAAAUUGGUUUAUUGUUAUUCAGUACAUAUUUAAAAUAAACUAGUUGACUAUUAUAUAUUAAGAUUUUUUGUGAACUGA